UGAACCGGAGUGGAAGCGCAAGCUCGAGCGCCGCGUCGAAGCGCAGCGACGUUUUCAUCUCAUUUAAUUUCCUCUUCAUCCACAGGCCCGCUUCGGACGGUCUGAUCUCGAACCCACAACAACAGCUGGAUGCUCGGAACAAACCGGGGUCUGAACCAGCAGAAGAGAACCAGACGCUCGCGCGCGAUAUUCGCUGGCUCUGAUGGUCCUCAUCAGCCUGUGACUCUCAGAGACUCCAGCAUCAGUCCUCAUGUCUGCUCUACAGGUGUCAUGGCCGCCGGGCACCGAGUGUGUGGCCAAGUAUAACUUCCAGGGCAGCACAGAGCAGGACCUGCCCUUCUGCAAAGGAGACCUGCUGACCAUCAUCGGCGUGACCAAGGACCCAAACUGGUACAAAGCGAAGAACUCUGUUGGCCGAGAGGGAAUGAUUCCCGCAAACUACGUCCAGAAGAGAGAAGGCGUCAAAUCUGGAGGAAAACUCAGUCUGAUGCCGUGGUUUCACGGUAAGAUCACGCGUGAGCAGGUGGAGCGGCUGCUGUAUCCUCCGGAGACCGGGCUGUUCCUGGUGCGCGAGAGCACGAACUACCCCGGAGACUACACGCUGUGUGUGAGCUGCGACGGCAAGGUGGAGCACUACCGCAUCAUCUACCACAGCGGCAGACUGUCCAUCGACGAGGAGGAGUACUUCGACAACCUCAUGCAGCUGGUGGAGCACUACACCAGAGAUGCUGACGGUCUGUGCACACGCCUCAUUAAGCCCAAGCUGAUGGAGGGGACGGUGGCGGCGCAGGACGAGUUCUCCAGGAGUGGAUGGGCUCUCACCAGUAAAGAUCUUAAAAUCAUUCAGACCAUCGGCAAGGGAGAGUUCGGAGACGUGAUGCUGGGAGAUUACCGAGGGACGAAGGUGGCAGUGAAGUGCAUCAAACACGACGCCACGGCUCAGGCCUUCCUCGCUGAAGCUUCAGUCAUGACUCAGCUGAGACACACUAACCUGGUGCAGUUAUUAGGGGUGAUCUUGGAGGAACAAGGCAGUUUGUGCAUCGUGACUGAAUACAUGUCUAAGGGCAGUCUGGUGGAUUACCUGCGCUCUCGGGGCCGGACCGUGUUGGGAGGCGAGUGUCUGCUCAAGUUCUCUCUGGACGUCUGCGAGGCCAUGGAGUAUCUGGAGGCCAAUAACUUCGUGCACAGAGAUCUGGCGGCUCGUAAUGUGCUGGUGUCCGAUGAUAACAUCGCUAAAGUCAGCGACUUCGGACUGACCAAAGAGGCGUCGUCCACUCAGGACACGGCCAAGCUGCCCGUCAAAUGGACGUCGCCCGAGGCGCUGCGAGAGAAGAGGUUUUCUACGAAAUCCGACGUGUGGAGCUAUGGUGUCCUUCUGUGGGAGAUCUACUCUUUCGGACGGGUGCCGUACCCCAGAAUCCCGCUGAAGGAGGUGGUGCCGCGGGUGGAGAAGGGCUAUAGGAUGGAGGCUCCUGACGGCUGUCCGGUCGCCGUCUAUGACCUGAUGAAGCAGUGCUGGACGCUGGACCCCACCGGACGACCCUCGUUCCGUCUGCUGCGUGAGAAGCUGCAGCACAUCAGAGCUAAAGAGCUGCACCUGUGAGAGCUACACAUCACAAACCAAACCUCGCACUGUGGCUCCACACACUCUUGGACGUGGACUGUUAAUCUGGACGCUCUCCUGUGAUCUGUGACACGAGAGGAGGAACACACUGACGCGAGUGUGUGUGCGUGUGCAUGUGUGAGAGUGAGCGUGCGUGUACGAGUGUGUAUGCGUUUGAGUGAGAGUAAGAGUGAGUGA